ACAUCACGGUUGUAAACGGUCAAACACCCGUAUGUACUCGCAGCUUUGUGUCCGGUAAAAGCAUGUCGGUAAGGAGAGAGCCCAGCGGAGGAACUGCGGCGUCUGCGAAAUGCGCACCUGAAACAUAAAAAAAACGCGUCGAGGAGUCCAGACGAACGGUGACAAUUUAGAGGAACUGCUGGGGCCACUUUAUUUUAACCGCAGCAGACCAUUUGAGGUCUAAUGGACGGUUAAAACCACACAGCCGGGGCUUGAUCCGAAGACUCGCAGGCAGGUGGCCGGGUCUUUAAAGGGGGGAGAGAGGGAGAAGGGGACACCGUGUUCGUGCUCUAACCAGGACGGGAUUUCUCCUUGGUAGGGAAUGUUAUCCGUACUGUCUUAUGGCAGAUUGGUAGCCAGGGCUGUCCUGGGUGGGCUCUCUCAGACGGACGGUCGGGACUAUAGCCUGAUCACCGCCAGUUAUGGAUUCGGUAAAGACUUUCGCAAGGGGAUCCUAAAGAAGGGGAUGUGUUAUGGGGAUGAUGCCUGCUUCAUAGCGCGGCACAGGACGGCCGAUGUUUUAGGUGUAGCAGAUGGUGUAGGCGGUUGGCGAGACUAUGGUGUUGACCCAUCACAGUUCUCUGCCACCUUAAUGAGGACCUGUGAGCGACUGGUGAAGGAGGGACGCUUCACUCCUAGUAAUCCAGUGGGCAUUCUGACCUCUGGCUACUAUGAACUUCUACAGAACAAAGUUCCAUUGCUAGGUAGCAGCACAGCCUGUAUUGUGGUUCUGGAUCGAAGGAGUCACCAGCUUCACACGUGCAAUUUAGGAGACUCAGGCUUCCUAGUGGUGCGAGGCGGGGAGGUGGUCCAUCGUUCAGACGAGCAGCAGCAUUAUUUUAACACGCCCUUCCAGUUGUCUAUUGCUCCUCCGGGAGCUGAGGGAGUGGUACUCAGUGACAGUCCUGAAGCAGCUGACAGUUCGUCGUUUGACGUGCAGCUCGGUGACAUCAUCUUAGCAGCAACAGAUGGGCUGUUUGACAACAUGCCAGACUACAUGAUUCUACAGGAGCUAAAAAAACUCAAGACUACAAACUACGACAGCAUCCUGCAGACUGCGCAGAGUAUUGCAAAGCAAGCACAUGAUCUUGCCUACGAUCCCAAUUAUAUGUCCCCUUUUGCACAGUUUGCCUGUGACAAUGGCCUGAAUGUAAGAGGAGGGAAACCAGAUGAUAUCACGGUGCUGCUGUCUAUUGUGGCUGAAUAUACAGACUAAAAUGUGUGUGUAUGUGUGUGUGUGUGUGUGUAUGCUCUUAUCUGGGGCUGAUUUUUCCUCCCCAUCUGCCUGAGUCUUCCACCUGCAGCCCUCCACAAAAAUGCACUGCAGGCUGACAGGGGAGGCCCACCAACAGAAGUCACACUCACAGCAUGGCUGACAUCCACCUGUUUAAAAUUUAGUCUUUCUUUCACUCUUUAUAGCUUUCCUCUGCUGUUUUAAUUUGGUGCUUGAGCAGUUGAGGGACGGUAGGCAAUGGUGUCAUUUCCAUGUUGAUCAUGAUCCAGGAGGAGCUGGAAACACCAGGCUGAAUGGUGCUUUUCCAGUUCUCCACAUCUCACUGCAUGGCAUCAACUAUUUCUAGGUAAUGUAAGGCAGUCCAGGAGGGUUUGGAGUCAACUGAGGGCUUUAAAAUCUGUGAGCCUUUGUAUAAUAAAAAUGUGAUGUUAUAAGGAGUAAGCCAUGGGUUUAUGUGUCUUUUUAGAGAGCAGUGAUAAAGCUGGUUUUUAAUCAAGCUUUAUGUCUCUUGUUAAAGUUGCUCCACGUUGUAAUAUAGAUUAAGCAGAGGAUGCUGACAUGGGGAAGGAUGGGAGGAUAAAGUGCGAGUUUAGUUUGAGGUUGGGGAAUGUGAACAAGUAUUUAAUCAAAUCUCUAAAAAGAGAAAAUUAACGCUUGUUAAAGGUAAAUCAGGUUUUGCCACUUGGAAGAGGGAACUAUUGGUGCACACAUCCUAAUAAGUUGUACAUAUUUUUGUUUUUUGUUUUUUUAGGGCUGUAUUAAGGCCCUCUGUCUUUGGAUUUAAUUGUUAAAGCAGAGCACUAUUUCAUUACUAGUGUGGAUGAGAAGUUUGUUCAUGAUCACAUUGUCUUGUAUAGAUGAAAAUCUUGAAGUCAGCUUUUCAAUCCUGUACUUCCAGUUGCUGAAAUGAACAAAACAUUUGAAGGGAUUAUGCUGCAUUAGUUGUGUGUUUGGAAAGAUGUUAAAAUAUGUUCGCCUGUGGGUGUAAGUUUUACAAAUGCGUGCUGUCUUUAAUGGUAAUGUCUCAUAAUGCUUAAGCUAGCAUCUGGGUAUGCUUACAAUUGCAGUGAUAGGUCUGGACUAAAGUUAAAGGAAAAGAUUUUUUUAACAUUAUUUUUUCUGAAAAGUAACACGAUGAACUAAGUGUUACAGAUGACUAAAAGACCCCACCAUCUUAAAAAGAGUCAAAUGUGCUUUGUGUAUUUUAAUAUAUAUUUUUUUUUUAUCUUGGUUCCUUACAUCCUUUUGCAUUUUUUUGCUGCUUCUCUUUUUGUAAUUCAGAUGUCUUUAUAUGACUCAGAUGAUUUACAUGUACGUAGUUGUGUGUGUGUGCAAAUGUGUGUGCUGGAUUUCAGACUACACUCAUCUAAAAGACAAUAAUAAUCAAAGGGAGAUGGUCAUGAGCCAUGUUAACACCUCUUCUAAGUGGUGUAAACAAAGUCUUUACAGUUUCAAAGCAUGUGCACCAAAGACACUUAUUUUUGUGCAUAUUGAUAUACAUGUGCUUUGACUUAAAUCAUAAAGCAAUACUGCAAUUUCCUUCUAUUCAGAAUUGUGUGUGAUGGUCAGAUGUGUUGGUAGAAAUGUUAAGACUGAUGUUAAAAUGUGUUUCUGUGCUUAAAAGUGUCAAAGAACAAAGGUUGUGUGAUAUCCCUGUCAUUGUAUACAUUACAUAAAAACUGGUCAUCUGUAAGUAUGGUCAAUUAACCAAAGACGGAAAGCCAUAUAUAAAAUCAUGAUUUAAGUACUGCUCUGUAAGACCCACUGUAAAGAAGACGUCAUGUUGGUGGAUGCCCAUAUCCACAAUUUUGUUAAUCUAAUACUCAGAGUAGAAUGUACAGUAACUGCAUUGAUGACUCGCAGGUUCUUUCUUUGUGUCCGUUUGCAUUAAAGACUGAGUCCAUAAAUCAUGCAGCUAAGAGAGCAGUACAUCCAUUUUUUUAAAAAAUAACAUGUCAUAUCAGUUUAAAAUUAACUGGUCCUCCUCUUUCUGCAUCAACAAAAUGGAAACGGUUAAUUGAAUAUUUAUUACUCUGCUGCCUGUGAGGUUAUUUUUGCAUGUCUUGUGUAUUAGCUGCUAGCACCAUUUUUAAGCAAAGUUCUCCUAUUUGGACUCUGUUCAUGUCUUUCCAUUAUGAGGGUGAGCACAGUUUCAGCCUUAAAAGCAAGACCUGUAAUCAAGAGGCCUUUCCUGCCAUUGCAAGCUUGUCUCGUGUGUCUGCCAUGUUAGCCAGUGUUUGAUUUAAAAGAAGCAUCAUGCCCCAUCCCUGGUAUUUAUCUCCUGUUUAAGCCGUUCUCAAAGGUGCUUCUGCAGUCUGAUGGUAUGAUUGUCCUCUUUCCAGCAAAUGAAUGAGAGAUACACCUAUGUCUACAGUAUAACAAUGCAGGUCUAAUUUAUGUAAAUAUGUUUUAAAAUAUGUACAAUAUUUAAAUAAAGAAUCUAGUAUUUAUACUAAA